AUGGUGUCGUGCUUGUUCUCUACACUGCUGGGUAACACUUUAAAAAAAAAGACCCUAAAUGCUAAUGCGUUGAGGGUAAAGGGAGGAGGGAGGGCAUCCCGCAUGAAACAAAUUACACCAUUUCGCACAAAAAACGGUCAUUCGAGUGUAGGCAAAAGCCGAUUUUCAGCGAUCAUGAGUAAGAAUUGUCACUACGCUUGUAGUACUGAAUCGUACUUUGGAAAAACAACUAGCUCCCGCUAUCAUAAACGUAAACGUGUUACAGCUCUUUGUCGAUGUGAGCGUAGCUCUCCAAGUCUGAUCACUCAAAAUUUCAACAAAGUGUAUAAGAAGUUACUCACACGAGAGAUAGAUUACACUUGUGUGAAAACAAUGAACGAGCGACAAAAUAUCUGCAGUGCGACUUGUUAUGGCAAAGGUCAUGUGUUCGUCACUGCAGCUGAUGAUGAAAGUUCACUCGAACUAAAGGAAUAUAGUCCGCAGUUCUUACGUGUGAGAAUGGGUGUCUUCCUGAGCAUACUUAUUGGCUACUCUUGUUACUAUUUAACAAGGAAUAGCCUUACAUUUACUGCUCCGGCAAUGGUUGCUACGGCAAGCCUCGGAUUGGAUAUCACUUCAAUUGGAGUGAUUACCUCCAUUUUUCCCCUCUGUUACGGAUGUAGUAAAUUUAUUAGUGGGGUAGUUGGGGACGCUUUAUCCCCGAGCAUUAUGCUUGGCGGUGGUUUAGUUGCCACAGGUUUUGUGAACAUUAUGUUUGGUGCUAGUUCAAUAUUGCCCGUGUUUUGUGUGCUAUGGGCUAUGAAUGGUAUUUUGCAAGGUUUUGGUGCACCAAGCUGUGCAAAAAUCCUCACCUCCUGGUUUGCCUCCAAGGAAAGAGGAACUUAUUGGGGUAUGUGGAAUAUUGCCCAUAAUUUGGGAGGCUUUACUGCACCUAUCUUGGCUGGGACCGCUGCUCGUACAUAUGGGUGGAGCUGGGGGCUCUGGGCACCCGGUUUUGUUGCAGUAUUUGUUGGUGCUGUGAUUAUUCUCACUCUUAAAGACUCUCCAGAAGCCAAAGGCUUUGAGCCUGUUGAAAAUAUAAGAAACGACGAGGAGGAAAAAAAUCAACAAGUGGAACAAAAAAUUAAUUUAUGGGAGAAUUUACUUCACAAUGUCCUUUCAAAUCCUUUUAUAUGGGGACUUGCGUUCACAUAUUUUUGUGUUUAUAUUGUUAGACAAGGAAUUACAUCUUGGUCAGUUUUUUAUUUAAUAAAAGAGAAGGGUGUUAUAGAUGCUGGUGCAGCAGCAGUACGUGUAUCUGGGCUUGAGCUCGGUGGCCUUGUUGGAAGUCUAUUGGCGGGUAGAAUAAGUGAUUGGUAUAUAGCGAGUUCGAAUGGUGGAGCUGUCGGCAAGCGUAUCCAAAUUGUGAUCGGAUACCUUGUCGGAGUGGCUUUCAUGCUAUUAUCAUUCAGGGCCAUCCCUGCAGGUAUGCCGUUUUUGCAAGCACUGAUCGUAUUUAUGAUUGGCUUUUUCCUGUAUGGUCCUCAAAUGCUCAUUGGCUUAUGUGGAGCUGAAAUCGUCGGGCGACGUUCGGUAGGUGCUAGUGAGGGCUUUCUAGGAUGGAUAGCUUAUCUAGGUGCUGCAAAUGCUGGUGUGCCUCUUUCGCUUCUUGUGCAACAAUAUGGGUGGGAUGCCUUUUUCCUUUCCCUAAUUUGUGCGUGUGGAAUUGGGAUAUUAUUGCUAGCACCACUCACAGGAGCAAAAAGUUAUCUACAGCGUCAGAACUAA